AUGCCGAGCCUCGAGGUUCCAGGGGAAUUCCUACGACAUGCCGUUUUAGACACGGUUGUGCCUAAUGCUGAUGAUAUUGAUCUGGAAGCUGCAUUGACGUCUGCCCUGGAGGCCGGUGCAGAUGAUCUGACGGAUGUCCUAUCAUAUAUUCCCCAGCGUUCUGUUGUGUUCUUUGAUGAAUUCUGCAACGCUCGCGUCGUCCUGAGAUUAUCCAAUUGCUCGGAAGAAAGCCUAAAACAACACUUGCAACAUCUUGAAGUUCGGCUUGAUACGUUUGCGAUUGAUCCUGCCGAAUCUGUUGCGGAUAACCCGACACCGACAAGAGACUUGAUAUUUUCGAGGGCCGUGAGCGGGAAGGAUGAAGACCCUUUGGUGGUUUAUAAUGAGUUUGAGGGAGAUAAUGGACGUGGAAAUCACGUAUAUGUGAUUUGGGGUGUUCCAGCGUUUCUCAAGCGUCCUCGUAUUCGCAUCCAACACCCAUCCCUCCUUUUCAUCGCAUCUGCUAGUCUGAACCCGACGGAGGGCCGACAGAGUGAAUCCCGGGAUGAUGACUAUCUCCCGUCUCUGGUUCCUGCGUCGACCAAUAUCCUACAGCCCUUGUCGACGGAUAGGACCUUCCGCCGUACAGACCCAUUCCUUCCUGCGUCGAGGCUCUUACGAGUCGUGCCGGCAACUUACAGCGAGGACCCGAUUUAUAAUGUUCAACAACAAUCUGGACAUCCGAUUCGCGUUGUCCCCGCGACUGGUGCGAGAAUACGUUACUCGCGACUAAAUUCGUACUCUGGUCGCCCCACUACAGUUGCAAGUCUCGAUUUCGAAGUGACUCCAUUUAUAAACUGCGAUGUCACGUUCAACAAGGCAGAGUUGAGCCUCUCUGAUGGUACGAUUGAAACAUUGUCCGAUGUCCAGGGACUCAAACCACCUAUAACAUGUCGUCCGAGAGAUGAUGUUACCCUGGUGUACAAACUAACUCCCGAGUACGGCCCUGAUUCUAAUCCCUCGACGACUGUAAUGGUCAGCACCUUAGACAUCUCUCUAGAAGCAGUAAUUAACCUGGCGGAGAACUGUCAACCACGGAUCGCCAUGCGAUGGAGAACAAACGUGGAUUUCUCCAUGGCGCUUAACCCGAUGUUUGGUGGGCCCAGUCAAGCCUUGCAGCGAAACAACCGCCCAACGAGUCUCCCCAUGACGCCGACCCAAAACAGUGGGAACCCUCCUUCCAACCGGAGCUCUUUCAGAGAACGUGCCUAUUCCGUGACAGACGUGGGGGUGACCAUUUCGUUCUCUGGUCCGGUUAGCGUAGAAGUUGGAAAGCCAUUUUCUUGGGGAGUCUUUGUUGUCAACCGAUCGACCAUGCCUCGGAAAUUCGCUAUGGUGGCCAUUCCACGAAGGAAACGGACAGACCUACGGGGACAUGUUGCUCGACCAUCGUCUUCGUCCAUGUCGAAUCGCAGCAAGGAGAACCAGGUGGCAGAAGCAGUGACGGAUGACAACAUCGUCCAUGCGAUGCAGAAAAGCGCAUCUGGGCAGGAAGCUGAAUUGGUUUGUUUAAGCACCGACGUCCGAGUUGGUCCACUUUUGCCCGGAACGUGUCAUUCAACCGAAUUGAAGCUGCUUCCGUUAUCUGUCGGAUCACUCUACUUGGAGGCUGUGCGACUGGUCGACGUCAACACAAACGAAACUACAGAUAUCAGAGACCUUCCGGACAUUGUAGCCACUGAUCGGAAGGGACCUUCAUAG